GAGAGAGACAAGACUGUCCGUGUCCGAGGUUCUCUUCCACAGAUGAGCCAUUGGAGUCUCCAGGCUUUCACAAAGGAAGCUUUGAGCCAGACAUUGUGUUGGGUAGGUGUGAGGCGUGAGGGUGGAACAGUAAGGAGGGGGCGUAGCCCCUGGCCUGCGUCGGUAUGGCAUGUAGACACGGGGUGUGAAAUGCAAGCAUCAUUCCAGCCUGUCUUAAGACCCUCAGGUUGGACAGCAGAUCUCCAGAUUCCAGCCAAGGAACAGCACCAAGGUGUAGAGUGUGAGGCUAAAGGGUAUCAGAGUGACCAUGCCUCGUCUGUGUGCCUCGCUGCUCCUGUGUGGCUUGGUGAUGGGACUCCUCUACCUCACGGGGGCAGAAGAGAGCCAGGCUGAAUCCAGGGAGAAGCGGGGCGUGCCCAACUGGGCCCUGACGUCCUCCGACUUCUUCGGCUGGGUGGAGGAGCUGCGCUCUAAUGCUGGUUACGACAAGCUGGAGGAGCUGGCCAGGACCUUCUGGGCCCACUUCCCCUCGGCCAGUCGCCUGGGCUACGACCCCCCCGCCCACGAAGACUGAGACCAUGGAUGACGUAUUCUGCGACACCAAACGUGACCCCUCACAUCACAUAUCAGCUGUGCAACAGAGGAAAAACGUGAACCCAAAAGGAUUUUUCUUUUCU